AAUCUCCCUUCGUCAUUUUCUUUGGUCCCAAGUCGACUACCCCAUAAAUUGAGCAAUUACUCUUCUUCCAUUCAUCAUUUUUGCUUCGGCUUCGGCUCAAUAUCUCUCUUUAUCUCUCUCCUCUUCCCCUUCUUUUGAUUUCCUCUGUUCGGCUCUCCCCCCUCUCAUACAAAUUGUUUUGUUACCAAAAUUUUAAAUUUAUAUUGUGAUUAUUUAGAGUGAAAGUUAAUAAUUUUACAAAAGAGGAAAAUUGUAAAUUUUAUAUACAUUUUAUCUUAGAAUUUCGAUCCGCUUAUUUGGAGAUCCAUAGCAAAGUAGCAAACUAUCAAAGUGUUGGCGACAGAAGAAUUAUUUUGAGUUUCAUAAGACGGGGAUCUAGAAAGUGUACCCAAAGCAAUGGCAAGUGACAAGAAGCCUCAUGCAGUGUGCAUACCAUUCCCAAUACAAAGCCACAUGAAAGGAAUGCUAAAACUAGCAAAGCUCCUCCACCAUAGGGGAUUUUACAUCACCUUUGUCAACACAGAGUUCAACCAAAACCGCCUCACCAAAGCCAGAGGACCUGACUCUUCCUAUGAAUUCCCCAACUUCCAAUUCAAAACAAUCCCAGAUAGCCUCCCACCAUCCGACGACAACGCCACCCAAGACACAACUGCUCUUGUUGGAUCAGUCAGAAGGAACUUCUUGACACCAUUUCGCAACCUCCUUGCCCAACUCAACGAGGACAACUACAAUGCCACCACACCAGCUGUCACUUGCAUCGUCUCUGAUGGUGUAAUGCCAUUCACCAUUACAGCAGCUCAUGAACUCCAAAUCCCCAUUGCUAUGUUCUGGACCUUUUCUGCUUGUAGCUUCAUGGGCUUUUAUCAGUGUCGUGCUCUCUUGGACAAAGGUCUUGUACCACUCAAAGAUGAAAGCUAUCUAACAAACGGGUACUUAGACACCAUAAUAGAUUGGAUUCCAGGAAUGAAAGAUAUUCGUCUAAAAGACCUUCCCUACCGAACUACUAAUCCAAAUGAUGAAAUGCUUGACUUUGCCAUGGAAGCAGUAGAGGGUGCUUCGCAAGCUUCAGCAUUUGGUCUUCAUACUUUUGAUGCGUUGGAACAAGAUCUUUUGGACGCUCUCUCAUCUAUGUUUCCCUAUGUUUACACCAUUGGUCCUUUACAGUUACUUCUAAACCAACAAGUAUCACCAAACGUGGAGUCUCUUGGAUACAGUUUGUGGAAAGAAGAGCCAGAGUGUAUCCAAUGGCUUGAUUCCAAAGAACCUGGCUCUGUUGUUUAUGUCAAUUUUGGAAGUAUAACAGUCAUGUCACCACAACAAUUGGUAGAGUUUGCUUGGGGACUUGCCAAUACCAAGCACUACUUCCUGUGGGUAAUUAGGCCUGAUCUGGUAAUUGGAGACUCAGCCAUUUUACCUUCAAAAUUCGAGGCAGACACUAAAGAAAGGGGACUGAUAGCAGGGUGGUGCCCGCAAGAGGAAGUCCUGAACCACCCAUCAGUUGGAGUGUUUUUAACACACAGCGGAUGGAACUCAACUAUUGAGAGCUUGACGGCAGGGGUGCCCAUGAUGUGUUGGCCAUUUGGUGGAGAUCAGGUGACAAAUUGUAGGUACACUUGCACUGAAUGGGAGGUUGGCAUGGAGAUUGAUAAUAAUGUGAAAAGAGAUCAAGUAGAGAAGCUGAUUAGAGAUAUCAUGGAAGGAGAGAAGGGGGAGAAAAUGAAGAACAAGGCUAUGGAGUGGAAGAAUUUAGCAGAAAAGGCUACUGGACCAGAUGGGUCAUCCACUUUGAAUUUGGACAAACUAGUGAAUGUAUUACUAUCGAGAAACUAAGAUAUGUUAGAUAGGAUUGUUUUGGUAUUUGGGAUUGGGUUUUGGUUUGAGUUUGGAAAAUAAUUUUGUGUAAUAAAUUUCAUUUUGUGUAAUGAUUUUGUUUAGAUUAUGUGGUUGAAGUAAUAAACACUUAUUCAUUUUUGCUUUUGAUA